UUCCCAUCCACCAGUCUCACCAGGUAGGUACCUUCCUUCGGUACCUCAGCCUUAGCCUCAGUUUCAGCCUCAUCAACAUCCCACCUUAGACUUCGACCACACACCUUACGUCAAGCUCGCCUAGAAUUCUUCAAAACGGCUUCUCAUCUCGGGUCACCUUGCCACUUCAAGGCCCAGUCCCAGAUGAAUGCAGUCCCGUUUAUUUGCCCGCUCAACAGGUGAGCUGAGCCCGGACGGCUUUGCGCAAGCGACCACCUCGGGGCUCAUCCGAUCCUUUGCCGCCGCUCCACAGCAUCGGUUCGACGGUGAAGGAGCUGAACCCGAAGAAGAGGGCCGACAUGUGAAUCUUUGGGCUCACCGCAUUGGUGUCAACGCACUGGCCUUGGAUAAGUUUGAUGGUCGUUUACUUCUUUCUGGCGGCGCAGACGGAUCUGUGAAGCUCUGGGACCUUCAUCAAGAGAGCAAUCCUCACAAAUCUCACAUCUUUCAACCCAUUGCCAACAUUGCCCGGUCUAUUGGAGAUGAGACAAACACCCACAAACACGGCAUUACUCAUCUUGAUUUCUACCCUUUCGACAACGAGGCCUUUCUCUCCAGUUCCUUUGACCGCUCGCUCAAGCUAUGGUCUACUCAACGCAUGACUGUAUCCGCCAAUUUCGAUCUCAAUGCCAAUAUCUACACCCAUGCCACCAGCCCCAUUGCCAAUCAUCUCUUGGUGGCCUGCGCGACCCAGCAUUCAUCUGUUCGCCUGGUCGACCUCAGGUCAGGAACGUCGAUUCGCUCGCUGGUAGCACACGGGGGCGCUGUUUUAUCGGCAGCCUGGAGUCCUCGUCAGGAGCAUGCUCUUGCAACCGGACAUGUCGACGGGAAAGUCCGCGUCUGGGACAUACGGCGCGCCUCUGGCUUGGUCGGCCAGCUCGAUCAGGAGGAUAGCCUUGGUAUUGUACACCGCUUCGACCAUGCCAUGGCUUCUGGCCUUGAUUGGAAGCGUAUGCCUCAUUUCCGCAACUCAGCUCGAGCUCACAAUGAGGGUGUCAACGGCUUGACCUGGACCGACGAUGGCAAGUACAUCGUCUCAGCCGGCUUGGAUUGUCGAAUCCGUGUAUGGGAUGCUGCUACUGGCGCGAAUACGCUAGCUAGUUUUGGCUCCCUGAUACAGAAUCAACAGCCAAAGACCGUCAACAUGUUUGUGACGCCCGCUCGUCUGGCCCCAUCACGUCGGGAUCUCCUAUUUUAUCCCAACGAGCAAGAGAUCCUGGUCAUGGACCUACACGAAGGCACCUUGGUAACGCGCCUACGAGUUCCUGGACCUCAUGCAGCGGCCGUGUAUCAAAAUAAUGGCUUAAAUGUCAAGAAUCGCACAAUGAGUAUGGUGUGGCGUGGUAGUGGUGGUUCCGGUUUACAAAAGGGGCCUAUCAUGGGAGGCGGGAGCUCUUUUGGUGCCGUCUACACGGCUCACUUGGACGGCCAGAUUCGGUCCUGGAUGCCCCGGCUGCCUGAGCCUGAAGACGACGAUGACACCCCGGAUCCCCAGGAUGCCAAUGAGGAGGAAAGAAGUCGCAAGCGCAAGGCACUAGAUGACGCCUUUAGGAGUCUCAUGGGCAAGCAGAUUACGUUUAGUUGACGCCGUCUGGCUUUGACGCCUCGUUGGUUCGUCCAUCCCAUUCAACCCCAAUUUUAGACAAGAGAAGGGACUCCAGAGUCUCGUAUUCGCCAUGGCCGAUAGCGAUAGCACUCAUGUCCAGGUGUCUACCGAAGGCCGUGUAGCUUGUAUUUCUGAACCACUCUAGGCGCAUCGGCAUCGGCAUCCGCCCUCUGCUGAGAGGCCUACUGGGUGGCUUACUGGGAGGCUGAAACUCGUCAUCACGUAGCCGCGAUUCGUAGCUCCUAGGGCUCUCCCAUGCGUGUCAACUCGGACUUUGACAUGCGAGAAAGGGGGGUGAGCCGACGACUUGUCAAAGCCAAAGGCCACCUCCUCAAAGGACUUACCUCUCUCUCAGCAGUGGGAAUGUUACAUUUUGUUUAGCCCUGCUGUUCAGCUUCGUGGUAGAUUACUUGGCAAUCAUGCUCGACACAAUACUCGUCGCGGCCUUGUGCUGAGGACAAGUCGAUAAUCGAAAGUAGCGGGCCUAGUUGCACCCUCCGAGUUGCCGACAUCAGUACCAUCGGCACUUCGUGCCUGCCGCGGCUACCAUCGUAUUAUUACUACACAGUCGCCCUGUGGGGAUCACUCGGAUCAUCACCGCCCAGAUGUCCAUGCAUCAAUAGCACCGCGCACCCCUCAAUCAAUCCAUUGAACCAUAGGAACACUCUGUGUAGUGCUGUUACAUCGCUUCAGCUACCUCACAUUGCAAGUAUCCGUACAGGGCUGGAACAGGUCCAUUUCACCCUUUCGCUGCCCUCUUCUCCUCCGUCAUUCGCCCGGCACUAGAGGCUCCCGACCUAACCUACCCCCGGCCAGCCCGGACCACACCGGAAGGCUUCCCCGUCGCUCCUUUUUCGACCUCCUGCAUUAGCUCCCGCGCCGUCCCAGCAUCAUGGUUCUUAGAACGCAUCUUACUCGCCGUGGAGGGGGAAGGCCUCUCGCUCACGCAACCAGAUUUGUAGGACCGUGCAAUUAAGCUCUUUUCUUCUUGGGGCGGGCUCAGGUGUGCAUCAAGACGGGCAAAUUAGCAAGACCCUCAGAUGCGGCAGGGGUUGGUGAACCAUCAGAGAUCGGUCGGUGGUCAGUGGUUAUGAGCGAACCAGAACACCACCAUCGUCGGAUCGGAACCUGGG